AUGGGUUGCUGCUUCAGCACCCCUAACUCCAACCAAACCCAAAAUGAACCUCAACACCCUCAACCCCACCGUGGAUCCCUUCAACAAAACUGCAGAACCAGAAUCCCACAACCCCUUGAAGAGGAAUAUGUGAAAGAGGUUCUUUCUGAAACACCCAUCUCCAAACUACAACAAAUUCCAACUUUUAAGCCACAGAUGAAGACCCAAUUGCCCGUUAUGCAGCCCCCAGAAGUGCCCGUAAAAAAAGCGUUGGAACCUGAGGAAGUCUCUCUUGUGUCGGAAACAUGCAGCAACGGUGAGAGUUUCUCCACCACCACCACCGCCACCACCACGGUCACGGAAAUCCGAGAAGAUGAAGCCACGAGCAAGAGAAGCAACGCAACUCGGAACCGGAAGCGUUCCUACGCCGUGGACGGCAAUAGAAUCAGCUCCAGGGAGCGGAGGCAGAAAUCUCCGGCGAGAAAGCCAGAAAUUCCGGUGAGGUCACGGCCGGUUCCCCGGAGAGAAUCUGAUCAGGUACGCCGUCUUUCCGGCGGGGGUUCCAUCCGACGGUCGAGGUCACCAUCGCGUGGAGGCCGGAGUAAUAUCCGACCGCCGACGCGACAGGUUCCGGUGACUAAAGAUGCCGUGCAGAGAAACGAAGGCGUUUCGGUGAAGGAGUCAUUAGAGAACCCACAUGUGUCAUUGGAGUGCUUUAUUUUUCUGUAG